AACCAUCCCUUUUAGGUCUCAUUGGUUAUCUCCUAUUUAUAAGUAGUAGAAAUCAGGCAUGACAGAGGAAUCAGAGUAUAAGAAGAUUUAUAUGCUCUGAAAAUGGAGACCGAUGUUUCUAUCCAUCGCAACUACACUAAUAUAUAUCAUCAUUUUGCUUCUCUGUCCUUUUCUGUAUAACUACUUGAAGAGUUCAAUUAUCAGGAUUGCUAGGGUUUUUGUUUCGAGAUUGAUGAUCACAAUGAAUCUGGUCGUGGUUUUGGCGGUGUUUCUGUUUGGGCAAUUUUCUAUGACGAAGGCCAACGUGGUGCUGAUCGGGAACAAUGUCACUCUCUCUUUCGACGACAUUGAAGCUAAUUUUGCUCCAGCGAUUAAGGGUUCUGGGGAAUGUGGAGUAUUGUAUUUGGCAGAGCCUGUGGAUGCAUGCUCGACAUUGACAAACAAAGUUGAAAAAGGCACGAAUUAUAGCUCCCCUUUCGUUUUGAUCAUAAGAGGAGGGUGUGGUUUUGAGGAAAAAGUUAGAAGAGCUCAGAAGGCCGGGUUCAGAGCUGCAAUUGUCUAUGACAAUGAAGAUGGCGGCGUCUUGGUUUCAAUGGCAGGAAAUUCAGCUGGUAUCAAAAUACAUGCUGUGUUCGUUUCAAAAGCUUCUGGUGAGAUACUGAAAAAGUACGCCGGACUUACUAACAUGGAGCUGUGGCUAAUCGCAAGCUUUGAGAACUCAGCAUGGUCAAUCAUGGCAAUCUCUUUCAUUUCCUUGCUUGCCAUGUCUGCAGUGUUGGCUACUUGUUUCUUUGUUCGCAGGCAUCGAAUAAGACGAGAAAGGCCCCAAGCUUCUCGUGUCCGAGAAUUUCAUGGGAUGAGCAGUCGCUUAGUAAAAGCAAUGCCAAGUUUGAUAUUUACCGCUGUUUUAGAGGACAACUGUACUUCAAGAACAUGUGCUAUAUGUCUUGAGGACUAUAGUGUUGGAGAGAAACUCAGAAUUCUGCCAUGUCGUCAUAAAUUUCAUGCUUUCUGUGUGGAUUCUUGGCUUACUUCAUGGAGAACCUUUUGCCCAGUUUGCAAGCGUGAUGCAAGAGCUAACACAAGUGAUCCACCAGCUUCAGAAUCCACACCUUUGCUUUCAUCCAGCCCAUCAUCAUCCGUGGCCUCUUCUGUACUUUCAUCUAUGAGAUCAUCUCUAGCAUCAUCUUCAGCCAUGCAGAUAGUACCAGCAUUGUCGCAGUCUCCUUCAUAUUCUCUUUCUCACUCUCAUGCUAGCGCAACUCACAUUCAGCAGUCUCUUAGGUCCUCGUACCGCCAGUCCCCUUCUAUUAGUGUCAGCAGAAGCUCAGUGGACCUCCGUAAUGCCUCGUCCCAAAGAUCUCAUGCUUCCUAUUUUGUUUCCCCCAAUUCCUUUGGUUACCCAUCUUUUUCACCCCUGAACUCAAGAUACCUGUCUGUUGCACACAUUCCAAGCCCUAGCAAUGCGUCACCAAGCUUCAUCAGCUCGUCCAGUCAUCAACAUCAUCCACUACAUUGUAGUGAGUCAGCUGCAACAUUUUCUCCUUUUGCUUCGGCCCAAUCUCUUCCUGAAUGCUGAUCGAAAUUUACAAAAUAGUCUGAGAGGGAAGUGAAUCCAGAUGCCUUUCAUCACUCUGACCUCACGUUACUUUUUGAAGUAUUGUGAUUGUGGUCAUAUGAUGUGAAUGCUUGUAUGCUAGAAUUUACACCUGAAUGUGUCUUGUUCCCACCUCACAUGUAUAUUAAAUAUUUACGUUGUCUAUAAGUUUAAUUUGCAAGUUAUGUUUAUGGUUCGUAUUUCUAUAUUGGACGUUUAUCAAAUUUUCACAAAGUCAAAGAGUGAGUUGUGUUGUGCUGUGUUCGAUAUUGUGAACAUUGCGUUUGAUUUUCGGCAUUGGUUAUUAGGGGGCGUUUGGGAUUGUUUUCAGAAGAAAUAAUUUACUUACUUUAAAAGUGUUGAUAAUGCCAGUGUUUGGUAAAUGAAAUCCCCUUUCUCUCACAUUAGAGUAGUCAUCUUUGUUUGUGGGUAUGGUGUAGCUUUCACUAGUUAGCAGACGACUCUUCUUCUUCUUCUUCACAUAGUUGCUGCAGAUCUUUAAGCUCAUCAGAGACAAAUUAUUGCUAACGGCAACUACCCACUCAUCAAGUCAUCAGUAAGUUUAUUAAUCUCAUUACAGUUUUAUUUUAAAGGCAUGGUAGCUCUCAAUUUUUCUCCAAUCAGGGUUUUGUCUUUACUAUGAGAUUCGGGGGAGGCUACUUCAUGAUUAGAUAAAUUACAUCUUCCUCUCAAUUAAAGGAUUUAAGUUUCAAUUGUGUGUGCCAUCUGAGUUUGUGCUUAUAUCCUAAUUGUCAUUUAGAUCGGGUUCGCUAACUUCAUGUGAUUAACAAAAAAAACGUACUUUUGUGUCUGUGAAGUGUUGUAACCUCUGUGGCUUUUCCUGUAUUUCUCUUGGGUUUUGUGAAUAUGACACCUCCUUUGCUCUAGUCUACUUGGGUUAUCAUUUUAUUGUCCUGUGGGAUUCACAUAUUCUAGUUGUCAAGUUUGACUUAAUUUUUUGGAAUUGAAUUUUAGCCUAGUUCUGGCAAAGGUUUUAUGGUGUGAAUGAAGAUGGUGCCUUGCACAUCCACGUGUAUUUGUGGACCUAAUUUCAAUUAUAAUUUUUCUGCACUCCAUUGAUUAAGUGAGUUAUUUGCAUUACCAUAUAUUAUGCAAUUAUUUUGUGGUUGAUUCUUUACACCUAGUUAUUCUUAUAGUUUUCAAAAUGAUAUACGGCUGUACAGGGUUACUAUCAGAAAAGUCUGUUAUACUGAUAUUCAUAACUCAACAGUGGUUUGAAUUAUGUGUUGUUCUCUCUCAAGACUUAAAUUUUACAUUCUCAAAAUCUAUACAAUGUUAUGCUAAUAGUCAUUCCUAGAUGUGCCAGGCUUCCUGUACCACCUUUUCUUUUAAAAAAAUUGCACAACAUUGAUACAUUAUACAUCGCAAAGUAAGCAUAUACAUGGGUUGAUUGAUUUGCGUGCAAAUAUUACAUUUUGUUUCUGUUUCAUGCUUAGGUUAAGCUUUCUAGAGAAUUCAGGGUUUAGUCAUAUUUAUCUAGAAGCAUAUACCAAAUGGGAAGGAAUAACAAUGUGGCAAAUGGAUCAAAAGUUGCGGCUCAGGGAAUAAUCAUAGUGUAGCUAUAUUCUGUAACCUGUGUAUCAAGGAGGUGGAGGCAGGAAAUCGUCCUGGCACUGUUUGAAGAAAGUGGGAUGGAAAAAAUGAAAGCUUAAAUCCACUAAAGAGACAGGAAAAUAGUAUGAUAAAACACAAGGGAAUAACAAUUGGGAUGCUCUCAAAGAGCAACGGAAAUUGUGGAAAGAACUAAUUGGGAAGGAAACUGGCUUUGGGGUGAAAUCCCAAACUUGGUACAAUUGACGCUUCUGAUGAAUGCUAGUGCAAUAAAAUUCAGGUAAAUAAUUGCGUAACAAGGUCAUUAGUCUUAAAUUGGAGGAGAAGCUCGAUAGGAUGUUCAUGAACACAACGACCACUGGGAAACAUGC